UUGUCUCUGUGGGCAGUGGCUGUGCUGCUUGUGGCACUUCUGUGCCUGGAUCCUCACAGCCGGGUCAGCUCCGCGCCCAUCUGCACACACGGGCCAUCAGGAUGUCACGUCCCGUCCCUGGCAGAUCUCUUCGACAGGGUCAUUCAGCACUCUGCCAGAAUGCACAGCCUCUCCAACGAUCUGCACUCAGAGUUUGAACAGUAUUUCCUUCCCAGCAAAAAUUCUAUUGGAAAGAUCUACCGCAAGUGUCACACCUCCAGCAUACUGACUCCAAACGGCAAAGAGAAUGCACAGAAACUAGCUCGUGAAGAGUUAACAGAGGUGAUUCUUAAACUGCUGAUGGCUUGGAGGGACCCCCUGUUCCAGCUGCACCAGAGCAUGGCUCACCAGCAGGACUUCAACAGCUUCAGCAGUAACAAAGCCCUGGAGAUGGGUGACAUGGCCCAUGAGCUGAGGAAAGGAGUGGAGAAAGUAGCUGAGAAGAUGAGAGUACUGGGAAUGCUUGGCAACUCUGUGACAGGGCUGUCUGCAGCAGAAACCAUGCUUCCUAUAUCUGACAGCGGAGAGGCCAUGAGCAACUAUGAGCUCCUGUACUGCUUUCGCCGUGAUUCGAACAAAGUCCAGAACUAUCUAAAGAUUCUUAAGUGCAGAAUCGUACCUGAGCACGACUGUUAG